CUCUCAGGCGUCGUUGUUUUUAUUUUUCGGGUUUUGAAACGUAAGGGUUUUAGGGUUUGCUUGGAAGUUGUGUAGGGUUUAAGACAAUCGAAAUUCAGAGCAAACUACACACUCAACCAAAAAAAUGUCGAGCUCCUCCGGUUUCACCUCCAUCUCAAGGAAGCUCUAUCGUUCUCUUCUCUCCGCCCGAAACCCCUACAAACUCAACCUGCCACGUCACUUCUCCACCACCAACCCCCUUUCUGACUCGGACGAGUCAUCCCUCCCUGACUCAGACACAUCACCCGAUUCUUCCUCUGAACAGCAGCAGCAGCAGCAAAAGUUCUUCGAUCGCCCCCUCGAGAAUGGCCUCGAUGUUGGCAUUUACAGGGCUAUACUGGUGGGUGAGGCUGGGCAGAAGCCGGUUCAGAAGAAGCUGAGGAGUGGGACAGUGAUGACUCUGCUGUCAAUUGGGACCGGUGGGAUCCGCAAUAAUCGAAGGCCUCUCGAAGGUGAGAAACCCUCUGACUACGCCAACCGGGGCGCCGUUCAGUGGCACCGUGUUUGCAUUUAUCCCCAGAGGCUUGGAAAUCUUGCAAUGAAAACUGUUCUUCCAGGUUCAAUCUUGUAUGUGGAGGGAAACUUGGAGACCAAGGUUUUCGCAGAUCCGGUCACUGGUCUUGUCCGUCGAGUUAGAGAGGUUGCUGUUCGGAGAAAUGGUCGAAUUGUAUUCAUAAAUCAAGGUGGUGAUGAUGACCAACAGAAACAAUAUGAAUCCACCAGAACUGUUGGUUAUUACUAAUAUAGAUGGAUGCUGUAGGAACAACGUGGAAUUCGCUUGGCAACGGAGAAAAUCUCGAGUUUGUAACUAUAUUCUGAUUUUGAUAAUUUUUUUAAUGCAAAGUUCGAAUUGUUGCAUGGACAUUUGACAUUGCGUGAUUACUGUCCUUAAUAUGUGCAAUGUUAUGCAGGGAAUCUCAAGGGCUUAUGUAUGGCAUGGUGCUAAACGUGUUAUAGUGCAAACAUUUCAGUCUAUUUUUGCUUUGAAUUGGAAGAAUGAUUCUCUUUAUGUGCCA